GCCGAGCUUUUAUUCAAAGGGGGGAUCGUUAAAUGACGGUUUAAAACAUCGGUGUGACUUGUUCACAGGGCAUUGUCAAACGCUCUUUGACCCUGUGAACAGCAUCAUGGCGCUAAAGGCCACAAAGCGACCGGUGAUCCUACUGACGGUGGACAUGCCGAUCGGCGGGGGUCGACCUGGUCGAGGAUGGCGGCGACGUCAGGGCUCCAGCCGUUACAGCUUCCGGUCAAACGCAUCGCAGGAUUCCUCCAAGGGCUUCGCCGAUGUGGAGGAGGAGUUUCUUCAUGCUGCGGAGUUUGGUGACAUCCCAACGGUGCGUCGUCUGCUCAACGAGUUCUCCGACCUCAACGUCGACUGCAUCGAUGCCCUGGGUCGCACGGCGCUGCGAUUGGCUGUCAAGAAUGAGCAUCUUGAGAUCGUGGAGGUGCUCCUGGACCGCUCGAGCCAGCAUCACAUCCACGAGGCCGUCCUGCAGGCCAUCAGCGCGGGUCACAUCCAGAUCGCCGAGACCAUCCUCAAGCACCGCCGCUACCUGGAGCUGUGGAAGGAGCGCCGGAAGCUGGGGGACACGGAUGGCUUCUACAAAACUGCCUAUGCCGAGUCCCAGUUCUCUCCCGACAUCACCCCGCUCAUCCUGGCCGCCCAGAAAAACCAGUACGAGAUUGUGCAGCUGCUGCUGCUGCGUGGAGAAACGAUCCAGAAGCCUCACAAGUUUUCCUGUGGCUGCCAGGAAUGUAGGAACAAAGUGAAGUUUGACCAGCUCCGCCUGGCCAAGUACAGACUCAACGCCUUCAGGGGUCUGGCCAGUGAAGCCUACAUCUCGCUGUCCAGCAAGGAUCCCAUCCUGUCGGCCUUUGAACUCGGAGCCGAACUGAAACGGUUGUCAAGAGUGGAGAAGCAUUUCAAGAGGGAGUACCGUGACCUGGCCGAGCAGCUCAGCGACUACACGGUGAAGUUGUUGGACCGAGUGAGGACACAGAAGGAGCUGGAGAUGGUCCUCAACAAGACCGGCAAAGCCAACGAUGAAAAAUACGAAGGUCUCGCCCGCUUCCAGCUCGCCCUCAAGUACAAGGAAAAGAAGUUCGUGGCGCACGCUAGCUGUCAACAGCGCGUGGUGCGCACGUGGUACUCGGGUAUGGGCAAGCUACAGAGAGCCGGGUGGAUGAAGCGGUCUGCAAUGACGUCAUUGUUUCAUUCUUGCUACCCGUUCCUUGUCUUGCUUCAUCUGGUAGCUCCAGGCUCCAAGUUUUCCAAAACACUGCAACUUCCGGUGAUAAAGUUCGUCUCUCACGCCAUGUCUUUCACCAUCUUCCUCGUCCUCAUCGUUCUGGUCACUGUGGAGUCCUCGGCCAGCGUCAGCAGCGAGCGGAACAUGUCCAGCCAGUACCGGGAUGCCUACAAGAAGUAUCAGGUCUUGUACAACGACUACGUCAGAGUCACAAACAACAAGUCGGCCCUCCUUGGACCGGACUUCCCGCUGCGACCCAGCAUGCCCACUGCCACGGAGAUCAUGAUGAGCCUUUGGAUCCUGGGGAUGGUCUUUCAAGAGUGUAACCAGAUCUUUGUGGCGGGGGCAGUCGACCAUAUGAUGAACCUCUUCAACCUCUUGGAUUACAUGCUGCUCAGUGUCUACACCUCCGUCUUUUCUCUGCGGUUCUGGACUAUGUUCAAGUUUCACGAGGGCAUCGCCGCGCUGACGGCGUUCAACGAAACGACGACACCACUGAACGACACCUCCAUCGAGCACUCCAUCUACUGGCUCAACGCAGAUCGAAUGAAGUGGAACAAGUGGGACCCCAUCAACACGGCGGAAGGCAUGUUUGCGAUUGCCAACAUCCUUAGUUUCUCAAGAAUCUCAUACCUCCUACCCGCCAAUGAAUAUCUUGGACCUCUUCAGAUCUCUUUGGGAAGAAUGUUAAAGGAUAUCAUGAAGUUCAUGGCACUGUUCACUAUGGUCAUCUUGGCCUUCAUGGUGGGUCUGCACAACCUGUUUUGGUACUACAGUGAACGCGAUGACAUCGAAGUGCAAUACGAAGGGAGACCAGAAGCUCAGAAUGUAAAAGCUUCGUCGAGUUUUGGAGGGGUGAUGGCCACUUUCCGGACAGUGUUCUGGUCACUCUUCGGACGAGGAGAACCGGAUGCCGUGCAGCUGGGCAACUACAACAACAGCUUGACGGAGGACAUCGGGUACAUCAUCUACGGCGUGUACAACAUUGUCAUGGUUACCGUCCUGAUCAACAUGCUCAUCGCCAUGAUGACGCGGUCCUUCACCAACAUAGCGGAAGACUCGGACGUGGAAUGGAAGUUUGCCCGCAGUCUUCUCUACAUGGAGUACAUCGCAGAGGGAGGUACACUUCCCCCUCCCCUGAACAUCAUCGGGGCACCAAAGGCGGUCCUGCGGGCGUUGCUGUGUCGCUGCGACUGUAAAGGUGAUGGUGAAGGUGACCAAGGACAGCCGGACACCAACGGUACGCGAGAACAACGGAAUGCCAUUCCCUUGGACGAAACAGCUGCUUCACGGGAAGGACUCUCGUUGGAGGAAAGCUCUGGGAGGGCUAAUCCAGUAGAGAUCUCAGCAGUCGACAUAUACGAAGGGAACUUGAAGAACGGAGUAACAGAGUCUCCGAGGCAUGUCCUGGUCCCAUUGGACAGCUCCGAGGAAGAACUGACUUACGAGAAGACAAUGCAAAGAAUAAUACAGCGCUACAUCUUCGACAUUCAAAGAGAAGCGGAAGUAACGGAAGAUGACUUUGAAGAGAUCAAGCAAGAUAUUCUCAGUUUUCGUUUCGAGGUGAUGAACUUGUGGAAAACAAGAGAGGCCCUUCAAGACGAAAUCUCUGCAAACAUCAAGACAAUCCUUCAGUGCAUAAACAACGGUUCUCUGUCUAAUCCAAUGAAAAGACGCGUUCUGUCGGAAAACACAGUUAUUUCUGAGGAGGAAUCCUGAAACAGUUAUCUACGCUUCCGUUCUUCGUUAUUGUUCUUUGAUAUAUUCUCUGAUGAUGCACACUUCGUUCCAUUUGUACAUACUUGUUAAAAAAUGAAACUAAUUAUGCAACGUGCUCUUCACUUAUUUUAAGAUGCAAACACUUGCACGUCAUGUAAAUCUUGUCUUACUACCUCCGAAUUAGUUGUAGCCGCUCGCAGUGUAUUUUGAUUUGUGAUAAACAGCAAUACUCACUUCCGAUCUGCAGGUUCAGAAUAAUAAAGUCCGUGCGUGCACAGAGUU